AUGGGUGCGUUGAAGAAUUCCACUGCCCAGCGUAGGGUUAGCCCUCGACUGCAGAACCUUCCCGACGAUCAACGGCCCUACUAUGGUCCCAGUCCGAAACGGACAUCCGACUCCGCCCAAAACGACGCCGUUGCAAAGAAGAAACCCAAGGUUGAGAAACCCUCAGCACCGGCGCAAAAGUCUGAGCCCAAUGCGAAAUCAAGUAAGGAAAAAGAAAAAGUCGAAGCUCAAAAUGGAGAGAGCGAGACCAAGACUGACCCGGAUGUGGAAGAUGGUGGUGCGGAUUUUUUUGCCCCUGAUGGACGUUUGACUGAUGAAAACGGUGUAAGCUUCACGGCACGCUUGAAAGAGACGCUCAGACUUUUUAAUUUGCAUUACCUUCACUUUAUUCAGGAAGAGGAGAAAAGAUGCAGUAAGAUGGAGAAUGGAACUGCAUGUUGUGAUGAUCUUAAGGAGCCUUCCAGGAGACCUGGGAAUGAUAGUGCAUGUGACGAUAAGAGGCAGUCCAAGAGACCCGAUCUGAAGGCAAUUUCUAAGAUGCUGAGCAACAAUGAAAUUUUAUACCCUGAACGAAAAAUUGGUCAUGUCCCAGGUAUUGAGGUCGGGCAUCAAUUUUUCUCUCGGGCUGAAAUGGUGGCUGUAGGGUUUCAUGCACACUGGUUAAAUGGAAUCGAUUACAUAGGAGAAUCUAGAGGCAAGGAGAAAUACAAACGCUAUACCUUACCACUCGCAGUAUCAAUUGUGAUGUCCGGCCAAUAUGAAGAUGAUGUUGAUAACAAAGAAGAAGUUAUCUAUACUGGUCAAGGUGGACAUGAUUUACUUGGUGAUAAAAAGCAAAUUAAACAUCAAGUUUUGCUUCGAGGUAAUUUGGCUCUUAAGAAUAAUAUGGUGCAGUCAAUUCCUGUUAGAGUCAUCCGUGGACAUAAAUGUGUGAAUAGUUAUAGUAAGAAAGUUUAUACAUAUGAUGGACUAUACAAGGUUGUCGAUUAUUGGGCUGAUAAGGGUGCUGCUGGAUUUGACGUGUUUAAGUACUGUUUAAAGCGAGAUGGAGGACAACCCAAAUUGCUCAGCAAACAGGUUCAUUUUAUUCGUGGCCGAGGGUCUAAAGUUCAGCCUGAAAUACCUGGGUUGGUGUGCAAGGACAUCUGUAAUGGUCAAGAAAAUAUAUGCAUUCCUGCUACCAAUGUCAUUGAUGUUCCUCCUAUGGCGCCUGAAGGCCUUACAUAUACUAAAUCCAUUGAAGUUGCAAAAGAUGUGAACAUUCCAUCGUGUGCUCCUGGGUGCAGUUGCAAAGGAAAUUGUACCAAUCCACUGACUUGCUCUUGUGCUAAACUCAAUGGCUCAGAUUUUCCUUAUGUUGCUCGAGAUGGUGGAAGAUUAAUUGAACCGAAGGCUGUUGUGUUUGAGUGUGGUCCAAAUUGCGGCUGUGGACCUGAUUGUGUGAACCGUACAUCUCAGAGGGGAUUAAAUCAUCGACUUGAGGUAUAUCGGACAGCUGACAAAGGCUGGGCUGUUAGGUCUUGGGACUUUAUUCCCUCUGGUGCACCAGUAUGUGAAUACACUGGAGUUCUUAGGAAGAAUGAUGACCUAGACAGCGUCUCAGAGAAUGACUAUAUAUUUGAAAUUGAUUGCUGGCAUACAAUGAACGGGAUUGGGGGAAGAGAGAAGCGAAUGUGUGAUGUGUCUAUUCCAAAUGGUGAUGCUGAGAAAGGAUUUAGCAAGCUAUCAGAAAGUGAGCCUGAGUUUUGCAUAGAUGCCGGUUCCUACGGUAACAUUGCUAGAUAUAUCAAUCACAGCUGCGAGCCUAACCUCUUUGUCCAGUGUGUUUUGAGCUCUCAUCAUGAUGUUAGGCUAGCUAGAGUCGUGCUAUUUGCUGCAGAUAAUAUACCUCCGUUGCAGGAACUUACAUAUGACUAUGGUUAUGAACUCGACAGUGUGGUUGGUCCUGAUGGAAACAUAAAGAAGUUGCUUUGCUAUUGUGGUGUAGAUGGCUGUCGAAAGCGUUUGUACUAG